AUAAACUGCGUACGGUACUCACAUGUGGUGUGAAUACUUGUGUUAAAACUGAAUUAAGUUGCCAAAUGAGAAGGUGUAACUGUGUGUGAAGUUAUGUUGUUAACAACAAACAUCCUCUGGGAUGCAGUGGCUUUAUUAGCGACUGCAAUUUCUAGUCUUUUGAUUUUCGCAUACUGGAGACUAGGUUAUUGGUCCAGGAAAGGUCUUUACGAUAAUGAUCCGGUCUUCUUUUUCGGUAAUGCCAAAAAAUUAAUUAUGAAACAACAAAAUAUAGGAGAAAUGUGGAAGGAACUGUACGAAAAUAUCAGAGCAAAAGGAUUGAAACAUGGAGGAGGCUCACUUCUUUUUUCACCAACUUAUGUACCAGUGGAUUUGGAUAUAAUAAAGAACAUAAUGCAGCAAGAUUUCCAGCAUUUCAACAGCCAUGGAACUUAUUUCAAUGAGAAAGGUGAUCCCCUUAGUGCCCAUUUAUUUGCGUUAUCAAGACAAAAAUGGAGAAACUUAAGGACGAAAUUAACUCCAACGUUUACCUCUGGUAAAAUGAAAAUGAUGUUCAGCAGACUUGUGGAGUGCGGUGAAGGAUUAAAGGAGAUGAUGGACGAGUUUUCACAAUCUGGCAAGGCCAUGGAUAUAAAAGAGAUGCUGCAACGUUUCACCAUUGAUAUAAUAGUAUCUUGUGCGUUUGGUUUGGAAUGUGACACAAUGAAAAACCCUGACAACGAUUUUGCCAGUAAGGGAAGAAAUAUCCUUAAGCCAGAAUCCAUUGGAAUUUUAAGAAUAUUAUCAUUUUUCGCCCUUCCACAUAGCCUCCUUCAUAAGUUAAACGUUAGACUUACAGAUCGUGAAACCGAAAGUUUCUUUAUGAAUGUUGUGAAGAAAAAUGUAGAAUAUAGGGAGAAAAAUAAUGUCUACAGAAAAGACUUUAUGCAUCUUCUGUUGCAACUCAAAAAUAGAGGUAAAGUAGCGGAUGAUGAACAUUUAACAAGUGAUGGAACAGUGGCAGAAGGUGCUAUAACAUUUAACGAACUUGCUGCGCAAGCUUUUGUGUUCUUCGUAGCUGGAUAUGAGACUUCAUCGACGACGAUGACGUUCGCCUUAUACGAAAUAGCCAGAGAUAAAGAGCUACAGAAUAAAAUGCGACAAGAAAUUAGGGAAGUCCUGAAGAAGAACGAUGGGAAGUUGACAUAUGAGGCUGUAAAAGAUAUGGAACUAAUGAGCAGAGUUGUAGAGGAAACCUUAAGAAAAUACCCAGCUAUCUCAAUGAUACCUAGAGAAUGCACCAAAGAUUACCAGAUCCCCGGAACAGAUAUAACAAUUGAAAAGGGCACCAGUGUUGCGAUAUCAACGCUAGGUAUCCAUCGAGACCCUGAAUAUUAUCCAGAUCCUCUGAAAUUUGACCCAGAUCGGUUCUUAGAAGAAAACAAACGCAACAGACAUCCUUUCGCCUGGAUACCAUUCGGAGAGGGGCCCCGAGCUUGUAUUGGAUUAAGAUUCGGAGUUAUGCAAACCAAGGUUGGUCUGGCAUCAAUACUAGAAAAUUAUGACAUCAGUCUGAGUGAGAAGACUCAAGUUCCUUUAGAGUUUAACAAAUCUGGUGGAUUGAUUUUGUCUGCCAAAGGUGGCGUUUGGAUUAACGUUACUCAACAUGUUGACAACUAAUCAGAUGUACAAAUUAUUAUGAGCUACUGAUUAUUGGUACACAUGAAUUAUUCACUCAAAGAUUUUAGAUUUAAUUAUAUAUUUAAGUUUUAUACUAAAAAAUUUAUUUUAAAUAGAGACGCUGCCAACUUUUUAUAAUUGUAACUUUAACUUAACCCAAAGUAAAAAUAUAUAUUAGAACAAAAAUUCUAAAAUAUAUAAAUAUUUGCUCAAUAGUAUUUACAUAUAAUAAGUGAAGUUGCGGAAAGUUAAUGUUCAACAGUUCUCAAAUUAGAGAUAAUAAAUUGGAAGAAUACUCGUUAAAAAUAACAACACUUUAAAAAUGGUUUAUAAUAUUGUAUUAUAAUAAUUAAUUGAACAUUAUGACUGUUGUAAUUUAACCAUUUAUUAGAUAUUCAAUAAAUAUUGUUUUAUGUUUAACAA